AUGUCUGCUGUGCUAUUUGAGCGAGGCUCUCAGAAGCGCGUUUUGUUCUGGGGCGGCAUGUGGGACUGCACGUGGGUGGGCACCGAGGCUUUUGAGGAGAAUCGUGAAACGGCACCUGAAUCUGGGGCACUCCGCCUCACUCCCACCCUGGAGCACCCACCGGCGAGGGCUGCUAAAACCGUCAGCACGGUUUAG